CCACGCUCCUACCGCCCCGGGGCUCGUCGGCGCGCGCGGAUUUCCGCAUCCGGUUCCGGGCGCUUCCGUUCCUAGUAGGGUCGGUGUAAGAGGCCUAUGGAUGCAGGUACCAGAAUCACUUUGGACCCCACGGUUUUCUCCAGACCACAUGUUGGACAAUGGGAUUCAACAAAGAAUGAGUUCCUCAUCUUUCUUCCAUACUUAAGCCAUUCUUCCCAACUGCUGUCCCACCAUUCAUUGUCUUCAUGUCUACCAUACUCCUAAAUCUGGAUUUUGGGGAGCCUCCCAAAAAGACAUUAGAAGGGAAUGCCAAGCACCAAAGAUUUGUCAAGAGGAGACGACUGCUGGAACAGAGAGGCUUUCUGAAUAAAAAGAAUCAGCACCCUACCAAGGUAACUAAAGUGAACCCAGACCCUCCAAAGAAAGGAGGAGCUCAAAACAUGGAUGGCACCCGGAAGGCCCCUUCCUUUCCAAAAAAGAAAACAACUGCCUCCAGCAGCGGAUCAGAGCAGUCCCAGGAUAAGAAAGCAGCUGUAUCUUGGUUGACCCCUGCACCUUCAAAGACUAAUUCUGUUGUGGCGAAGAUAGAUUUGCUGGGAGAGUUUGAGAGUGCCCUUCCAAAGAUUAAGAGCCACCCAAAGCCCUCCCAGAAGAAGAGCAUCCAGCAGAAUGACUCCCAGAAGAAUAGCAUCCAGAAGAAGGACCCUCAGAAGAAUGGCAUCCAGAAGAAGGACUCCCAGAAGAAUGGUAUCCAGAAGAAACCCUCUCAGAAGAAUGCCACCCAAACUCAUUUAGAGAAUAAGUGCUCUGGAGCAUCCCAAAACUUGCCAACCAAGAUGGUGGCAGUUGACUGUGAGAUGGUAGGCACAGGACCCAAGGGACAUGUUAGUUCCUUGGCACGAUGUAGCAUUGUCAACUACAAUGGAGACGUGCUUUAUGAUGAGUACAUCCGUCCCCCUUGCCACAUUGUUGACUACCGAACCAGGUGGAGUGGUAUCUGCAAACAACACAUGGUGAAUGCCACACCCUUCAAGACUGCACGGAGCCAGAUCUUGAAGAUACUCUCAGGGAAGAUAGUGGUGGGGCAUGCCAUCCACAAUGACUACAAAGCCCUGCAGUACUUCCACCCGAAGUCCCUCACCCGCGACACCUCCCAAAUACCCCUCCUCAACCGGAAGGCCAACCAACCAGAGAAUGUCACCCUGUCUCUAAAGAAUCUCACCAAGAAGCUGCUGGACCGAGAUAUACAGGCCGGGAAAAGUGGACAUUCCUCUGUGGAAGAUGCCCAGGCCACCAUGGAAUUGUACAAGUUGGUUGAAGUCGAGUGGGAACAGCACCUGGCCCAGAAUCCCCCCCAAAACUAGCAGCUGUAGAAAACAGUAUCAGGAGAAACAGGCAGUAGAUCAACACACAGCUCUGCCCACUUCACACCUGUAGAAGCUAGAAUUGUUGGGGUGAGACUCAACCCCAGAACUUAAUAUCCAUUGAAAUUUUACCUCAGCUGUUGUGGUCCAUGUCUGGUUAAAUGUCCAUGGAAGGCAGAAGCCUUUGUGUCAGAACCUAGCCUUAGACUGUUCACCUCAUAUAUGGUGCUAAUCACAGGUCCCAGGGUGUUUUGUGCCAGUCAAGCUUUUUGACUUUGAGGGCAGACAUACAUAGUUUCUCACACUGCCUUAGCAAUAGGCUGGCCAUGGGAGAGGCUCUAUGUUAGUGGUUCAGGCGUACCUUGAAUUCUUUGCCCACAUUAGGCUCAAGUGAUCCUCUUACCUCAGAAUCCUGAGUAGCUGGGACUACAAGUCCCAGUUUGCAGCUGCAAGCUUGUCUCAUUUUAUGCCUUUGGUUUUCAAGUAAUUAACAGCAUCCUUUCAUUUUAAGUGUUCUGGUUGGUAUUAAAUGUGGUACAUGCCUAUGAUUUUAGUUACUCGAGAGGCAGAGGUACUAAGAUCCCAGUCUCAGUUAGAGAUUGGCCCAGGCAAAAGCAAAGACCCUCUCUAAAAACAAGCUAUGUUGGAUGCUAGUGAUGCACACCUAUAAUCUUAGCUCCUCAGGAGCUUGAGAUCUGAAAGAUCAUGGUUCAAAGACAGUCUGGGAAGAAAAGUUAGCAGGACUCCAUCUCCAGAAUAACUCAAAAAGCCAGUGUGUAGGUAUGGCUCAGUUGAUACAGUACCAGCCUAGCAAGGAAGGUGAGUGAAUGGAAGCCCUUGGUUCAGACUCCAGUAUUUUAGGUGGGGGAGGGUAGAGAUAAA